AAACUCGACACAAAAAAGUUUACCAACAAUACCACACGUUUUGUGGUACUUACCGGAUUCAAAUCCCUCUUCAUUUUAAAGAAUUCGCUGGUGAAGCGAGUGAAGAGCGUGGGGAUGAUCAAAAACGAUAAUAUUAUGGGCAAGAUGUACGCGCGAGAAGCGUCGCGGCGCGUCAAAGAGAAGCUUGAGGCCGAUCGUCGCGAGCAGGAGCGCAAGGAACGCGAGCAGCAAUCACAUGCGAGCCUGAAACACGCCGCUCAUACCCGUAAGAGCCAAGUCAUCGACACCAACGCAGAGGCUGCUGAGUUCGCCGCUAAGCAGCGCAAAAUCAACCUGGAACGCAAGGUCAAACGACAACAGGAGCUGCUUGAACUGCAGCAGAAAUUGUUGGAGGAACACAGCAGGGAGGACGCUAAAGCGGAAGAGCGCAGGCUGAGGGCAAAAGAAAAACAGAAAAACGACCUUCGACGCAAGAGCGAGGAACAUAAAAGGUGGUUUGAGGCCAAAGAGGACCAUCAGCUAGCCGCUAUGCGUGCAAGAAAGGUGCAGCGAGACCGCCCGGACCUGCUUAAGCGCUCGCCCAGUGUCAACGAGAAGGAAAAGAAGGAGCUAAAGAAAAAUCUCAGUGUGGACGAGCUGCCAGGCACCAAGGAAGCGUUGCGUCGGAUCAGAAAAUUCCGACAAGAGGAGAAGGCGAAGAAGGAACAGGAAGAACAGCGAAUACAAGAGCUGCGCAGGUCUAAGUCGGAGCACCGAAAGGAUAUGGUGAAAAACCUCGUGAGAAAAAGAGCGAAGUCGCGGACACCAGAUGACAAGAGUUGCAACAGCUUUGGCAUGCUCGACAUGGAGGAUCGCAUUAAGGGAAUCAAAGACAUGAUCAGCAUGGUCAUCUUAUCCUCGCCGGAAAAAGAGAUUUGAUAAUAUUCUUCCUGUCCUUUAAA